CCCCUCCCCAUUCCCCUUUACAAGCAUAACCGUACGCACCCUCGAACCCCACCUUUUCCUUUUCCUUUUCUCUUAGCUCCGAUCUAGCAAAGCCUCUCCAAUGGCAGUCCCAAGGUGGUCUCUCUUCCUCCUCCUCUCUUCCCUCUCCCUCCUUGUGCGCAGGACCGUCGGGGACUCCGCUUGGGAGAGCGCUCAUGCGACGUUCUACGGUGGCGGCGACGCGUCGGGAACGAUGGGAGGUGCUUGUGGCUAUGGCAACCUCUAUAGCCAAGGUUAUGGCACGAACACUGCAGCCCUUAGCACGGCGCUCUUCAAGGAUGGCCUCAGCUGUGGGUCGUGCUACGAGCUGAGGUGCAACGACGACCCCAGGUGGUGCCUGCCGGGGACCAUUGUGGUCACUGCCACCAACUUCUGCCCUCCGAACAAUGCCCUCGCCAACGACAAUGGAGGGUGGUGCAACCCCCCUCUCCAGCACUUCGACUUGGCCGAGCCUGCCUUCCUCCGGAUCGCUCAGUACCGUGCCGGGAUCGUGCCCGUGUCCUUCAGAAGGGUGCCAUGUGUGAAGAAGGGUGGGAUUAGAUUCACCAUUAACGGUCACUCUUACUUCAAUUUGGUCUUGAUCUCGAAUGUUGCGGGUGCUGGCGACGUGCAUGCUGUGUCCAUCAAGGGAUCGAAGACUGGCUGGCAGGCGAUGUCACGGAACUGGGGACAGAACUGGCAAAGCAAUGCAUACCUCAACGGACAGAGCCUCUCCUUCCGAGUCACUACGAGCGACGGGAGGACCGUCACCAGCUAUAAUGCUGUGCCCGCCGGGUGGCAAUUCGGCCAGACCUUCGAAGGGGGCCAAUUCUAAGGAGAGCAGGACUUGCUAGCCUAGUUAUCAAUACCUCUUGCACUAUUUGUAUUGGCUUUUACUAUUGGGUUAGGAGGGGAAGGAAGGAGCCUACUGUAUAGAUAAGUAGGUUAAUUUGGCUAUGCUGUGGUAGCUUUCACUGAGCACCCGCUAUUCGGUAUAUGGAUAGAUAAGAUAGAUGUGAAUUUGUUUUCAGUGCCUAUAAGAUUUCCUUUUGGAAAGAUGCCAAAGGCCGGGAUUGCAGGGAUAGGGAAGUUGGGUGGUCUUGUUUGUUGGGUAGCCCCCUCGGUCAUUAUCAAAUGGAUUAAAGAUGUCUGUGGGGACUAAGCUCUUGUACUUUCGUGAGGAUGCUAUUCCAGGCCACAUGCGUGUAACAAAGUGUUCUAUAAGUAUUACGGAGUUUUGUUAUCCGCUA